AUGGAGGACGGCAGCUCGGACAGCGUCGCGGCAGCGGCGGCGGCGGCCGCCGCGGCAAGGGCGGUGGCGCUGGCGGAGCGCAUCGCAGGGGACUGCGCGUUGAUGGGGGUCGCGCGCCGCGCGCUGGCCAGCGGCGGCUUGGCGUUCGUGCCUGCCCUUCGGCUGGUCUGCGCGCUGCUGAGCCACAACACGCUCCGCGGCCCGCGGGAGGCCGCCCUCGCUGUGCUUGGCGACGGGUCGCCCGUGCUGCUCAGCGGCGGGGGGGCGCGGCUGGGCGAACCCUGCCUGGACGCCCGGCUCACGGUGCUGGCGCGGCUCGUCGCGGCGUGCGGGGAGGAGCAGCGGGCGGCCGUGGCGGCCGCGAUCGUCGGGCGCGGCUUCAUCCCGCUGCUGCUCAGGGCGCUGGCCAGCCACGACGUCGCCGCCAACGCCAUGACCGUGCUGCUCGCGGUCUGCAGCUGCCCCGUCGGCCGCGCGGCCGCCACCGCGCACCCGGCGGCGCUCGCCGCGCUCUCCAACGUGCUGCGCGACGCCAGCGCGUCGGCGGGCGCCGCGGGCGGCGCGGAAGCGCACGAGCUCGCCGCACUCGCGGGCGACUCGCUGCAGGCAAUCUGCUGCCUCAUAACGAGCAGCGUCGCCGCCGGCCACGCGUUCGCCGCGAUGGCCCUGGCUCCGUCUGGGUCGGGCAUCCUGGGGGCGGUUGCGCAGCACCUGGCGGCGCCUGGUAGCCUCAGCCUUCGUCACAUCCUGCCGGUGCGGGGAGCUGCCGCCACCGCCCUCAACGCCAUCACUCGCACCGCGCGCCGGGACGGCCGGCUCGCGGCCCUGCAGACGAGGCGGUCCCUCGUGCUUGGGGCCGCCGAGGCGCUGGUGCAGGCCGCCAAGACGCUGGAUGAAAUGCGCAGGGACGGGCGCUCACACAACGGGGGGCCGCCGACAGAGCUUAAUGAGAGCAGCAGCGGCAGCAACAGCAGCAGCAGCAGCAGCAGCAGCAGCAGCAGCAGCGGCAGCAGCAGCAGCAGCAGCAGCAGCGAGAGCAGCCACAUCUGA